AUGUCAGGCACCAAGAAGACGGUACUGGUAAUUGGUGGGACAGGAGCGCAAGGUGUUGCGGUGAUCGAUGCCCUUUCUGAAGAUUCCCGAUACGAAAUCCGCGUUCUCACCCGUUCCGCGGCAUCCCCGGCCGCUAUCGAGCUCGCUGCCCUUCCGGGCGUGACUCUCGUGGAAGGGAACCCCUACGAUGAGGCCACACUGCAGCUGGCCUUCGACGGCAUCGACCUCGCCUGGGUCAAUACUAACGGCUUCGCCAUUGGCGAAAAGAGCGAGAUCUACUGGGGCAUACGUAUGUAUGAGAUUGCGCGUAGCCGCGGCGUAGCGCACUUUCAGUGGGCAUCACUGGCGUAUGCGUCGAAGCUGGGCGGCUUCGAUCCCAAAUACCGCACUGGGCAUAUGGACGGCAAGGCCAAGGUCGCCGACUUCAUCAGCGCGCAGCCGACUAGCCCGAUGAAGUGGACGGUGUUGACGAGCUGCAUGUAUAUGGAGACGCUGACGGAAAUGCUGGCACCUCGGUCGAGCCCCGACGAUCCUGACCUGAUGGUGUUUGCGGCGCCCCUGGGGAACGGACGCCCGCCGCUGAUUCACCUUGCGGACCUUGGGCGAUACGCGCGGUGGGUGUUCGACAAUCCAGACCGCAGCAACGGGUUGAAUCUGAUGGUCGCGACGGAGAACGUGGGAUGGGAGUAUCUGGCCAAGACGUUUACAGAAGUGACGGGAAAGAAGGCCAUCUUCAAGGACAUUACGCUGAACCAACUAUUCGCAUCCGAUGUGUUUCCGUUUCCGGACGCGAAGGUUGGCCAUAGUGUGCUUGAUCAGGAUUCCACAUUGCAAACAUAUAGGCAGAACUUUUCCGGCUUCUGGAACACCUGGAGUGCGGACCUGAUAAAAGUGGACUACGCAGUACUGGACGAGAUCCUACCGACCAGGGUAAAAACAGUGGGUGAGUGGAUGAAAUUGGUAGGGUAUACAGGAGAGAGGCGUCCCGUGUUGAAGGAUUAUCGUGACCACGCCAAACGGCGUCAGGAAGGGUUUGAGGCUAUGAAGACGAGCGAUUAA